GUUUCCCGGACCUUUUAGGCGGAGCUAGUAGCCUAGUCCGCCCAAAUUCCAUCUGUUUGGGAAUAAAACCACUGGAAAGAUCACAGAAAAAGCUGAAAUGUUUAUUCGUUAGUGGUUCUUCUGACGAGGGAAGGAUAUUUGAUCUAAAUGCAAUGAGAAGCAUUUUUGCUCUGCGGAAAUCACACGUAGCCAGAAACCCGUUAGUUUCAGAUAGACAGCUAGCAGGCUUGCGGGUCGGCAAACCCCUUUGUCACUUUUCCCAAACUCGCUGUGCCGUUUGAUUUAGAAGCAAGACAAGGGUCCAGAUUUAGAUCGUUUGGUCCGGACUCCCACUGAAACUAUGGCUGGCUCAGAGGGAAACAAAUUAUGGGGCGGAAGGUUUGUCGGGGAUACUGACCCCAUUAUGGAAAAGUUUAACGCUUCGAUCGCUUACGACCGAAGAAUGUGGAACGCCGACAUUCAAGGCAGUAAAGCUUACGUGAAGGCGCUGGAGAGAGCCGAACUCGUCAGCGAAAGAGAGAUGGAGGAUAUUUUGCAGGGACUCGACAAGGUGAGCGCGGUUUGGGUGGCAGGUGCAGUUGAGGUCAAACCCGCGGAUGAGGACAUUCACUCAGCCAACGAGCGCAGACUGAAGGAGCUGAUUGGUUCAGCCGCGGGGAAGCUGCACACAGGAAGGAGCCGGAACGACCAGGUGGUGACAGACAUGAGGCUUUGGAUGCUUGAUGCAAUCUCAACCCUGAAGGAUGACAUCAUACAGCUCAUCAACACCAUGGUGGAGCGUUCUGCUGCGGAGAUCGACGUCCUGUUUCCUGGUUACACCCACAUGCAGAGGGCCCAGCCAAUCAGGUGGAGCCACUGGAUCCUAAGUCACGCGGUUCCCCUGACCAGAGACACUGAGAAACUGGAGGAGAUUCGGAGACGGGUGAACGUCCUGCCCCUGGGAAGUGGAGCUAUUGCUGGGAACCCAUUCGGAAUCGACCGCGAGUUCCUCCGUGCAGAGCUCAGUUUCGAUGCGGUCAGCAUAAACAGCAUGGAUGCAACGGGACAGAGGGACUUUGUAGUGGAGUUCCUGUUCUGGGGUUCUCUGUGUCUCACUCACCUCAGUAAGAUGGCGGAAGACCUGCUCCUGUACAGCACCAAGGAGUUCUCCUUCGUCACGCUCUCCGACGCAUACAGCACCGGCAGCAGUUUGAUGCCUCAGAAGAAGAACGGUGACAGUCUGGAGCUGAUCCGCAGCAAAGCGGGCCGGGUGUUCGGGAGGUGCGCAGGGUUUCUGAUGACACUGAAAGGACUCCCCAGCACAUAUAACAAAGACUUACAGGAGGAUAAGGAGGCCAUGUUCGACUGCUACGACACCAUGCACUCCGUCCUGCAGGUGACCACUGGGGUCAUGUCCACUCUCAAGAUCAACCCCAGUGUCAUGCAGGCGGCUCUCAGCCCAGACAUGCUGGCCACCGAUCUGGCCUAUUACCUUGUGCGGAAGGGGGUUCCAUUUCGGGAGGCACACAGCUGCUCUGGGAAAGCCGUGUUUCUGGCCGAAUCCAAGAACGUCUCCCUGAACCAGCUGAGCCUGGAGGACCUGCACACAGCCAGCCCGCUGUUUGCUGAUGACGUGUCAGCGGUGUGGGACUACACCAGCAGUGUGGAGCAGUACAGCGCCCCCGGUGGCACAGCCAAGAGCAGCGUCUCAGCGCAGAUCGAGCACGUUCGCAGCUGGCUCACAAAGCACAGGCAAUGAGCCUGACGCCCCCUGUAACCCCCCUCACCCCCCAUUACCCUGUGCUGGACAA